AUGGCGUUGCUUGAUGUGAAUUUGCCGAAUGCGUCUGGACUGGUCUCUCCUCGCUCGCCCGCACAACGCCGCUGGCUGGCGGCUUGGGGAGAGAAAAAAGAGGCUUGCAUGCAACGGCCUGAGAGCCGCCCAAGAAGCCAAAAGUCGCCAUCGACUCGGGCGCAUGGGCGACACGCCUCAGUCUCUAGCCGCAACCAGGUCUAG